CAUUGGAUCUUAUAUCACGCAAUUAUUAGUUAUGGUACACUUUAUAAUUUUUCCAUUUUUGUAACUUCUUGCUACACUGUGCCAAACCUAAUUGUAUAAAUAUAUGUGCAUACUAUGUUGUGUUCAAGACAUGCAAAGAUGGUUUCAUCUAAAACCCUAACCUUCAAAGUUAUGAGAAAAAAUCUAGAGCUAGUCUCUCCGGCAGAAUCCAUACCAUAUGAAUUCAAAUAUCUCUCCGAUAUAGACGAUCAAGAUAGCUUCCGAAGAUAUUUUCCAUUGAUAAAUUUCUACGAAAAGAAUCCCUCCAUGGAAGGGAAAGAUCCUGUGAAAAUUAUUCGUGAUGCUGUUGCCAAAGCCUUGGUGUUUUACUACCCAUUGGCCGGGCGACUGAGGGAAUACGUCGGUCGGAAGCUGGUGGUGGAGUGCACCGGCCAGGGGGUGGUCUUCAUCGAGGCUGACGCCGAUGUAAUGUUGCACCACUUUGGAGAUACCCUUUAUCCACCCUUCCCCAACUUAGAAGACCUUCUUCCUCAUAUGCCAAACCACGAUGAUGAAAUCAUCAAUUCUCCUCUCUUGCUUAUUCAGGUUACUCGUCUAAAAUGUGGCGGAUUUAUCAUUGCUUAUCUCUUCAAUCACACAAUGUGCGAUGCUGCUGGCCUUUUCCAAUUUCUCUCCGCCGUCGGCGAACUUGCUUGUGGCGCCACGCUCCCUUCUAUUAUGCCGGUUUGGCAACGGCAUCUCCUCUCCGCUCGUCACCCGCCGCGCCCCUCGAUUCCCCACCCCGAAUUUCAUCAUCUCGUAUCCGACAUAUGCAUCCCGCAUCAACAAAUGGCGGAGCGCUCCUUCUUCUUUAGCGCCGCCGACAUCUCCACCCUCCGCCGCAGCCUGCCGCCGCAUCUCCAGAGCUGCUCCAGAUUCGAAAUCGUGGCAGGCUGCGCCUGGCGCUGUCGGACAAUCGCCCUCUCUCCCAAACCUGAUGAAGAGGUUAGGUUCUUGGGCGUGGUGGAUAUGCGAAAGCGAAUGAACCCUCCGCUUCCACUGGGAUACUACGGCAACGCUCUAGCUGCCCUACCGGCCGUCACAACUGCUGAGGAAUUAUCAAAGAAGCCGCUGCACUUGGCGGUGGAACUGGUGAGGAAAGCCAAAGAGGAAGCCACGGAGGAGUACCUGAGAUCGGUGGCGGAUCUGAUGGUGAUGAGAGGUCGCCCCCCUUCAGGGCCGAUCCUGACAAAAAUAGGGCCCGGGGCGAACUAUUACAUGGUGUCGGACUUUACGCAUGGGGGUUUCAAGCAAGUGGAUCUUGGGUGGGGCGCGGCGGCGUAUGGUGGGAUCGCGAUAGGCGUUGAUUGUCCUUUUUAUCAAACAACUUGGUAUGUAUCUUUUAACAAUGUCAUAGUGGUGCCAGUUUGUCUACCCCUCAAAGCACUGCAAAUCUUCGAGAAACAGCUUCAGAUGAUGAUGAUGGCUGCUCGAACAACUUCAGCUUUGUAAAUUAUGUAGUUUUGUCUACAUUCAGGUGCCAUUUUAAAUAAGUUUUAUGCCGUCACCGUGGACGUUGAAGAGGGAGAGAAUUCUUGUUAUGGAUAACCAGAUGAGAUCCUCUGUCCCAGGAUAUAGUGUGGACCACGUGUAACACCAAUGUAUAACCAACAGAUUGGAGAAAUAUGAAUGUGUAGCAAAACAAGUUAUGCAUAGAUAGUAGUGUGUUUAAAAAAAAUUGUAUUAAUUUCAGUUUCAAUAUAACA